GGGGGGGGGAGACGACAGAGAGAGAGAGAGGUGAGGGACAGAGAAGACCUCGAUUGAAAACUGCGCGGCUGCUCAGCCGAUUGACCCACCGGGCGGAUCGGGCCAGCGGACAAAAUCUAAAUCGGCCGCGCAGCAGCGAGAAGGGAGGGGGGGGGGGGCCCCAGCCAUGCUGCGUCGUAGCGGCCUAACGACCCCCGUCAACGACCGGGCCGGAGUGACCCUCUCGUUCUCCGGGUUCUUCCUCGUGUUCGCCGGGCUCACGCUCACGUGCAUGGGAUGGCUGUACUACACGCGCCACUCGCAUAGCUUCGACUGGUCACAAGUGCUGGGACCCAUCCUGAUGGGCCUCGGCGUGGUCUUCUUGCUGCUGGCCGCGUGGCGACUCAGGACUCUGAUAUGCUGCCGCUCUAGAGGGGAGCAGGAGGAGGAAGAUACGGAGAUGCGACGCCGCUUCGAGGCGUUCGGCAUUCUGGUGGCGAGCAUCCAGGCCCCGGGAAAUCCCACGGCUUCCUCCGCGAGCGACCACGGCUUCCUCCCGCCGCCCCCCUACGACCCCGAGUCGGCACCCCCAGCCUACAGCGGCGGUGGAGGAGGAGGCGGCUACGUGAACCGGGCGUGCGAGGGGGAGAUGGAGGAGCAGGCGGUGCCCGGAGCGGGAGCCGUGGCGGCGAUGGGGAUCGAAACUGGGAGGCAAAGGAGCGCCGAACUCUCUCCUCGCCCCUCCUCCGACGUCCCUUGGAAGGAAUCCACAUUCCCAGCGAUGCCUCCGUCAUACGAGGAAGCCAUCGCAGAUGCUGCCCUUUGCCCGCUUCCCUCGCUCCCUGCCCUGCCCUCUGCGGCUGCCCUGCCCUCGCAGCCCGGUCCCGAGAACGACAUCACGUCAAACGCCCUCUCGACGUCGCCUGCACGGACGGACGCAGCGAAACUCGACAGCUAGGCGCGACACGAGAGCCCACGAGCCACGGUGAAUUGUAUUUCGUCGGAGGAGGUUGAAUAAUGGACUUCAGAGGUGGCCCUGGAAGCUUAAGAGGUCAGAGCGCUGAGUGGGCUCUGCCGAGAGCCAAGGCUCGAGCCGGGGUCCAGCUGUGUGUGAUUUAAUCCGGGGUCUCUAGUGCAGCGAGUUGGACGUGUCAGGCCAGCUGACCAGUGCCGGAUGAAGCUAGUGCGGCGCCUGUAGCAUAUGUGAUAAAGGGGCCCUAAUUUAUAAAUAUGUUAAAAACACAAAUGUUUUACUUGCAUAGUAAAAUAAUUGUAUUUUUUCAUUUGCUAUACAGCCAGAUGAUGUGACAAAUCGCUAACCUUGAACACCCAGUUGUUGAUAAAAGUUGAAGGCAGUAUAGUACUAUAGUAAUAGAGCAAGUGCAGAAUCACUAAACCGGAAUUGAUAUCUUGAAAGCAUUUAGCGUGGGGCCCUUGAAAGUGCGGGGCCCGUAGCUAAUACAUGUGUAGCUACUACUACUACAUGUGUAGCUACUACUACAUGUGUAGCUGCUACUACAUAUGUAGCUACUUUUGCUACGUGGAUCAUCCGGCACUGCAGCUAACCAAUGACGACUCAAACAAACAAAAAAGCCAUCGCAAUUAAAUUUGGUUCCGCACCUAAAAUUU